AUGCUCACUCCCCUUACGUCAUGUACGCGCACACCCAUCCGUCACUACUACCGCUCCCUCCCUCCCGUCGCCCACGCUCCCUCCCCUCUAACGAGAAUGGGGACUCCCCGCGCCUUGCAACUCUCCUUCCUCCUGCUACGCCACACCCCACACUCUCGUCUCCCCAUCCCUCAUCUCCCCUUCCCUCGUCUCCCCAUCCCUCAUCUCCCCUUCCCUCGUCUCCCUAUCCCUCAUCUCCCCUUCCCUCGUCUCCCCAUCCCUCGUCUCCCCAUCCCUCAUCUCCCCAUCCCUCAUCUCCCCUUCCCUCAUCUCUCCAUCCCUCGUCUCCCCAUGCCUCAUCUCCCCAUCCCUCACCUCCCCAUGCCUCACCUCCUCAUCUCUCAUCUCCCCAUCCCUCAUCUCCGCAUCCCUCAUCUCCCCAUCCCGCAUAUCCUCAUCCCUCAUCUCCCCUUCCCUCACCUCCCCGUCCCUCAUCUCCCAAUCCCGCAUCUCCCCAUCCCGCAUCUCCCCAUCCCUCAUCUCCCCAUCCCUCAUCUCCCCAUCCCUCACCUCCCCAUCUCUCACCUCCCCAUCCCUCAUCUCCCCAUCCCUCACCUCCCCAUCUCUCACCUCCCCAUCCCUCACCUCCCCAUCUCUCACCUCCCCAUCCCUCAUCUCCCCAUGCCUCACCUCUCCAUCGCUCAUCCAUCCAUCCCUCAUCUCCCCAUGCCUCACCCCAUCUCCGCCGCACCCCGUGGCAUCGUCACACGUCGCCAUUUCCCACCUCUUCCUACUUCCCAUCCCCCUCUUCCGCCCUUCCUCCCCCCUUCUCUCAAUCCCUUCCUCUCGCCCUGCCAUCCUACUUCCCAUCCCCCUUUCCUCGUUUCCCCAGACCUCCUUUCCCCAUCCCGUCAUUCACUCUCCCUCCGUUCCCCAUCCUUCCAUUCCCCAUGCCUACUUUCACCAUUCCACCAUACCCCAUUCACCAUACUCCUAACCCCAUCUCCUCCUCACCCCAUCUCCUCCUAUACACAUCCGCUUCUUUCCCCUUCCCUCGUCACCGCGUCCCCUCCUCUCCCCAUCCCCUCCUCUCACCAUCCCCUCUUCUCCCCACCCCCUCCCGUCCUCUCCCCAUCCGCCCAUCCCACCUCACCACUUCCCUCCUCUUCCCAUCCAUCCUCUCCUCAUCCCUCCCCAUCCGUCCUUUCCCCAUCCGAUCCUCUCACCCUCCCCUCCAGGGAGCUGCUUGGGGCGCUGUGGGUGGAUGGCGGUGGGCAGAGUCACACAGCAUAG